AUUUGUACCCGCGACUCUCACCCACUCAAGGCUCUAAACUCAUUGAUGCCUGGUAAGACGACAUUCCAGGGCGUAGAAUACGCUGCCAGUGCUGCGGACUGGGGAACCACCGGCUCAGUCGGCUCAGACGUUAUGGCAUCCCACGUGAGGCAGGCCCUCAAGCAAUGCCCCAAGACCAAGGUCUUCCUAUCCGGAUACAGUCAAGGUGCGAUGAUGCCGCACAAGGUCUUCAGCUAUCAACACGUCCCGGCCGAUCAAGUCACAGGCGUGGUAGUUUUCGGAGACACUAUCAAAUCUUCGAAAUUUCCGCUGCCAGACAACCGAGUCAAGGAGUACUGUGCUGAAGGAGACCCUGUGUGUCUCAAUGGCUCCAACGUCAUGGCGCAUAUUACAUACGGGAACGACGUCGCCGACGCAGCGAAGUUCGUACAGGGCGUCGCCUAUGAUACCAUCUAG